AUGGUUCACAUCAACGUUGCUACACUCCUGACGCUCGCCGUUGCGGCUUUGGCCCAAGUUACGCCUAACAAUGCCGGCGCUAAAGAUGUAGGCCAGGGUAACGGACAACAGUUCAUCACCGGUGGUUGCACUUCUGAUGCUGACUGCUCGUCUGCAUGCUGUGCCGAAGUUCAAACCACAGGCCUAGGUGUCUGCUCUGCAGAAGCUGCGUCGCUUCAAAACGGGAAGUUGGGCUGUGGCUUCGUCGACCCCAAUGCCGACCAGACUAUCGCUGCUGCUCAAGCUCAAGUCGAAAAGCAGGGUUUCUAG